UGUCAUGUGAUUGCAAUGACUUACUCACCUUCACAGGAUAACCACAGCCUCAGUUCAGAGGAGGAUUCUGACCUGAAACAGCAACAGAAGUCUACUCCUCCUGUACAAUCAACUCCAAGACAAAGCCCAAGGAGACUGCGUUUACGCAAAAUGCAGAGAACAGAGAUGACUUCGUCAAGUUCGAGUGACACCGAUUUCGAUGACAAGUCCGGGAGUGAGUACAUUCCAACUCCGCUUCGACUCCCACAAAGGCGUCCCAGCCCUGUCAAAGAGGCCAAAACUCUCACUCCCUACUCCGUCCCACACCAUUGCCUUUUUGUCGACACCAGACAACUUGAACACUUUGUUGAACAAUUGAAUGACACUAUGGGGUGUAAAACAGCCGGAUGUCAAGGGAAACUUGUUGUUCGUGAUGUAACGACUCGUGGUAUGGGAGGAACAGCUACUGUCGUAUGUAUGUGCACUGGAUGCCGAACCAUGUUGGAAUUUCCGACUUCAUCCAGAAACACCACACUUGCCAAAAAUGACAUCAAGUUGGCAGCACAGGUGGCAUUCCUCGCUGCAGGGUGCACAUACGAAACGUACGCCAAGGUGCUCAAACAUGUUUUAGGAAUUAAGGUGGUGAGCCAUUCCGAAUUCAUAAAAACUAUCGGAACUCUACACCCCAUUGUCGAGAAGAUGGUAAACGAACUGUGUGAAGGAGAGAAGAACCGUAUGAAAGAUAUGAACGACGAUGAGCUGGGGUCGUGGAAACGCGCAGUAACCUGUGCAGAUGGCGUCUGGAUGACUCGGGGGUUCCACAGCCAGAAUGCCACGUACUCCAUACGGAAUUACUUCACUGGUGCACUCCUCUACUACCUACACAUCUGUCAGAAAGGUAGUGACAAAAUCAUUGAUGAAGAGCUGUACAAAGGAUCGUCUAAAUCUGCGGAGGGGUAUGCGGCACUAGUGCUAGUAAAGACGGCAAAGGAGGAAGGAAUGAACAUCGAGAUCCACUGGCAGGAUGCAGACUCUUCAUCGAGUAAACCUUUAAAAGAGAUUUUCCCAGGUGCCGCAGUGAUGACCUGCGGAGGACACACCGGCAGAGCUCACCUCCACCAACUGCAGAUCUUCUCAAAGAGCAAAACUUUGACAAACUGGUACAAAAAUAAACACAAAGAUGAUUUCCCGGAAGUAAACACUGUGGUUUGUUGCAAAAGACACCAUGUGGGAUACGGAUGCAUGACGGACGCUUUCUGCCAAAGGGCGCGAAACAACUUCUCUAACAUUCUCUCGAGCAGUGACUCACCCCAAGAAUUUUCUGAGCGCUUGCUAAACAUGGUACACCACGUGCAGGGUGUUCACAAAUGGGAAGGAGGGCAAUGCCAAUUCCACGCACUGAGAGUAUGCAGCUGUAAUAAAUGCCCAGACAAGAACCAGCCUCAGUGCGAAGGUAAAGACUACACAACAAGAGAGGUACUGACUUGCCCUCUCCACUUGCUGGUGUACAAAAUUGAGUGCCACGUUAGGGCCCAAAUGGCCUCCAAGCUAAUCCACCCAAUUUUGAAGCGUGGCCACUCUAACUGGUUGGAAAGCUCGCACAAUGUCAUUAUGCGGUUCAGGAACAAGCACAUACAUCUAGAACGGCUACACUACCACGUCUCCACUAACCUAGGUCUGCUGCAAGCCAACAUGACGCAGGAAGGCAACCAACAAGGCCUAAAAUACCAUUGGAAGACAGACCUCCUCCAGCGAUUGGGUCUUCCUGUAUAUGAUGGUGUGUUGGAGUACCUUGAGAGUCACAACCGUACCAGAAUGAAGGGACUCGCCAGGGCGAAAACAGCAAAAGGCAAGAAGAGGAGGGUGGAGCUGAAAACACUGAGAACACAAAACGCCAAAAAGAGAUUGUUGUGGACCGGGAAACACGGACGGGACACCUACAGCGAGGAGGACAAGAGAGAGGACAUUAAACCGCCCCCCCCAAAAUCCAAGAAGAUCAAAGACACUGCGGCCUCAAAAAAGUCCAAGAGCACUGUUACUGAAAAUGACAACCUGACUGUCGCACCAGCACCCCCACCCGACCUCCCCGUGGACCCAGACAAGGAUACUGUGCCCCCAAUAAAAUCCGAAGAUACUGCGGUCCCAAAAAAGUCCAAGAAGAACAGAGACACUGCGGCCUCAAAAAAGUUCACGAAGAACAAAGACACUGCGGCCUCAAAAAAGUCCAAGAGGAACGAAAACACAAGUCUAAAGCGUGGCGAUUAUGUGUGCAUACAUCAUAAUAUGAAAGACAUGCACAUGUGCUGCCGCAUAGUCGAUCACACGCCCGGAUCUAUAGCCACCAUGUACAGCUUAUGCUGUAUAGCUGGUGUGCUAGAGGGCAUGCAAUCAGAAACAGAGGUGACUAUAUCCGCACCAACAACUCCCCCAAUUUCUACAAAAAGGUGGCGGAACAAAGGUAGAAUAACGCUUAAGGAUGCUUGGAAAAACGCAGAGAAUCUGCAGAAAUGCGAUUGCGUUUUGCUGGCAAUCAACGAAGAAGGCAUUGUCGACCUCACCAACGCUCAAACUAAGUCCCCUCCAAAUGCUGACAGUGUCUGGAUUGAUAACGCUGUGUAUAUCCUACAUGAGUCGGAUUGGAACCGCAUCAGUGGGAAAUCGACCAUGGAUGGCUCGAUGAUACCAUCAUCUCAGCAUCGCAGAAACUGCUGGCUCAGCAAUUUCCAAACAUCGCCGGACUGCAGCCGCCCACCCUGGAACAGACGAAGGGUGGAUUCACAGGCCACACAGGACCCUUUGCUCAAAUCCUCAACAUCAGAAACAGUCACUGGGUGCUGGUAUCAAACCUUGGAUGCGACAAACACGUUGUACACGUAUACGACACAUUGUACACAAGUUUACCUUCUUCCACAAUUAACACAAUUGCAGGCCUGGCAUUCUGCUCUCUCUCCGAGCUCGAGAUCAAAAUGGUAGACGUUGAUCUCCAAAAGAACAGGGCCGACUGUGGUGUCCUGAGUGUUGCCAAUGCCUUCAAUUUACUUUCGGCAAGAUCUCCCUGUAGUGUGCGAUACGCCGACUCGAACAUGCUCAGACGUCACCUGUGCGAGUGCCUGGAAAGGUGCUUGUUUUCUUUUUUCCCUACACUCGGUGAUCAGUCGUCAACAAAUCUCGACACGACCUUCAAGUUUACAGUUAGAGUAGGCGUGUAUUGCGUGUGCCGUAAGCCAGAUCAUCCAGACGUGGAAUACAUGGCUGAGUGUGAGGGAUGUGGUGAGUGGUUCCACGAGCGCUGUGUGGAUAUACCACAAAGUGUGUUCAGCGACAACGAGCCAUGGAAGUGUCUGGAAUGCACUAAGAAACUAUAAUUACUAUGUACAAUUCUUUUUUUGUUGGUCUAAUUUGCAAUAAUUAUGAUUUGUGUUAUAAUAGUUAUCUAAUUACAUGAAUAUGUUGAGAGUAUUA